CCGCAUCGCACUUUUCACAAUCUCACAAUCUCGCAAUCUCAACCUUAUGUCUAAUCUCGCCUUGACAAAAGGGUCUAUUGACAAAAGGAAGGGCACAUCCAUCACCUAUAUCUAUCAAUAUCCAUACCGAACUUCCCCCACAACCCCUCAAGCGACUUCAUCAAUUCUAACACUAUAACACAAUGGUAAAAUACGACGCUGUCAUCCUCGGUUCAGGAGUCCUAGGACUUUCAAUCGCCAACGAACUCACUUUAAAAGGUCUUAAAGUCGCUGUGGUAGGCAAGGAUUUACCUGAAGAUCUGGAUAGUACUGGGUUCGCUUCUCCUUGGGCUGGAGCGAACUGGUACUCACUUGCGGUCAACGAAGCUGAGCAACGUCGGGAUCAAUAUACAUUUGAACAGUUCGCUCGUCUAGCCAAGGAGGUGCCCCACCUUUGUGAGAGGCGUGUUUACUAUUAUUUUUGGAAAGGCGAAGACGCGUGGAAGGAGCCUUGGUACAAGGAUGUGGUGUUCGGAUACAGGAUGCUCAAACCUGAGGAAGUCCAUGCCCCAUUUAAAUAUGGUGUGACUUAUGAAGCCUACACGCUCAACACUCCGCUCUACCUCCUCCACCUUGCUUCUACCCUCCGCUCGGUGCGCGUCCCCAUCCUCCGCGCCCGACUCUCCUCACUCGAUGAAGCAUACUCUCUCCCCCAAUUUGGUCCUGUAGACUUGGUGAUUAAUGCUACCGGCCUGGGGGCGCGUUCCCUGCUUGGAGUCGAAGACCCUACCGUCUUCCCAGCGAAAGGACAGACAGUCCUCGUGCGCGCGCCGGUGAAAGAAUGCUAUGGCCUUGGAGACCCUCUCCCUCAACCGGGACAAAAGGCAUAUAUCAUCCCCCGUCCAGGGCCGGACGGACACGUCAUUCUCGGCGGAUGUUACCUCCCUAACGAUUGGUCUACCAACGUCGAUCCCGACGUCGCAGAGGAGAUCCUUAAACAAUGCCAUACCCUCUGCCCGCGCUUGGAUGGGAAGGGCGGAAAGGGCACAUGGAAGGAUAUCGAGGUCAUUGCGCAUAAUGUGGGGUUGAGGCCUGUACGUGAGGCCGGACUGAGAUGCGAGGUGGAGGAGAGAGUGAUAGGGGAAAAAGUGAAGACAGGUUUGGCUACGAAGGGAGGGAAGGUAGGAGGUGGGAGGAAGGUUGGGGUAGUGCAUGCUUAUGGGAUUGGGCCGGCGGGGUAUCAGGCGAGUUUGGGGAUCGCAAAGGAGGUUAGUGAGUUGGUAGAUGGGUGGAUGAAGAAGAGCAGUAAAAAGGCAAAGCUUUGAUUGUUUGCUCAUUUGUGGACGUAUGCAUUUGUGGAUGUAUGCAUGCAAAGACGUAUGAUCUUCAUCAUUUAUGGUUUAGGGAUCACAUCUUGUCAGUCACAAGCUGUGAUGGGCAAGCACCGCAAGAAAUAGGUUUAGUAAUGAAAAAGGAAGAAAAGAGGGUUGGAGAGGGCAUUUAAUACAUCUUGUGAUCGGUUGACUCGACAGCACUGUCUGCAAUAGGAUGAGUAAUGGAGAUGCUGUUGCGCAUCUUUUGUGCCUG